CCAAAGGCUCAGCUGUUCCGACAUUUGUUAUUGAGUGAAAGACGUCGUCUGCGUUUGGUACCAAAAUAUUCGUCUUGUUUGUUCCUCGUCGUCAAAUCUGAAAAUGAAGUUCCAAUACAAAGAAGAGCACCCCUUCGAGAAGAGGAAGAGUGAAGGAGAAAAGAUUAGGAGGAAAUACCCCGACAGAGUGCCUGUCAUAGUGGAGAAGGCUCCCAAGGCUAGAAUUGGUGACCUCGACAAAAAGAAGUACCUUGUACCAUCUGACUUGACUGUUGGUCAGUUCUACUUCCUGAUCCGCAAACGUAUCCACCUGCGACCAGAGGAUGCCCUUUUCUUCCUUGUUAACAGUGUAGUACCACCCAGCAGUGCCACAAUGGGAUCCCUUUACCAAGAGCAUCACGAGGAGGACUUCUUCCUCUACAUUGCCUACAGUGAUGAAAACGUUUAUGGUAAAUUAUAAUUUUCAUCAUGAAGCUACAGCCAAGAAUUAUGCAGCAGUUAAAUAAUGUGAAAAAAAACCUACAAAAAUCUUAAAAUGUUAUCUAAAAUCCCUCAAAAAUAGUAAUGGUGGCAAAUUUUAGUAACUACCCUUUAAUUUAUUAUAGCAGUAUGUCCUUUCGUCUUUUUGACCUUAACCGGUGUUUGGAUACCUCCAAUUUAUUAUAAAACUGUUCAGACAUAAUCUAUCCUGCUUUUUCAGGCUGUUGAUCUCAGUCUUUAUCAUUUCUGUGAUGGCAAACAAUGUUGUAAAUUAUUGCUGCAUUUGCCAACUAUACGUGCUUGCUGAUAGUGGUCUAAACUAAUGCACUUCCAUUUUAUUACGGUGCUGCUACUUCAACUAAAUUACUGCUCCAGUGGAGCUCUGGUCAUUUUGGAAUUUCUUAUAUUUUGAUGUACAAUUACUUUUUAUUAUUUUUUGUUUUCUAAAUAGUUUUUGAACUAUUUGCACAUAUUAUGUGUUAUUCUGUUAAUUGCCUUUUCUUUUUAGUUGACAAGAUUGUAUUUAGUUUCUCACACAUGUAUAAUAUCUGUUGGUAUGUUAAGGGAAUAUCCACUGUAUUUUAUAGGUAUAUUUUUACUUUCAGGUGAUUCACACGAGUAUUAAUAUGUGCUUAAGUGAUUUGCACUCUGUGAGGAAAAUUAGUUGAGCUCUGUUGUGGUAUAUCAUAAUUUUUCUCCCUUAAGUGGGAUUGAGUUUAGUAAAAUCCCGAUUAACCCGUAUCUUGUAACUGAUUGUAACUGGCAGAUUAGAUUAUGUACUAGUUUGUCUUUCUGGUAGAAAGUACUAUAUAGUACAUGAUUUCAUGUUUACAAGGAUGGGGAAUUAAUAACUGCUAAGUUUCACUUUGGAACAGACAAAACCUUUGUUUGAUGCAUAUAAGAAGAUAGGUUCACGAUUGUGACUUGCGAGUGAGUGAGAGCAUAUUAAUGCAAGUGUGGUUGUGUGCGUGUGUGUGCAGAAUGUAAAAAAAACAAUAAAAACAAUAAAAACCCUUCAAAAAAACUAGAA